GCCCGACCUGGGCGGGCGUGAGUUCCGGGACCGCUGCCCUCCAUCCGGUGUCGAGUCCUGGUUUGUGGCGGCCCGGGAUCAAGCGUCAGGGUAGACUGGGUGGGCAAGACAGAUCCAGAGUUGGUCAGUCUGGCAGGUGAAGGGCGCGGGACUGAGCCCGGCGGAGGGAGUGAGCAGCAGGGGUCGGCCAGGCGGGCCGCGGACACCUCGGAGCCGGGAUUCAGUCUCCGGCCGACCGCCCGCAGGCGCGAUGAAGGCACUGAUUUUGGUGGGCGGCUAUGGGACGCGCCUGCGGCCGCUGACACUCAGCAUUCCGAAGCCACUGGUGGACUUCUGCAAUAAGCCCAUCUUGCUACACCAAGUGGAGGCGCUGGCCGCGGCCGGCGUGGACCACGUGAUUUUGGCAGUGAGCUACAUGUCUCAGAUGCUGGAGAAGGAAAUGAAGGCUCAGGAGCAGAGGCUAGGAAUCCGAAUCUCCAUGUCCCAUGAAGAGGAGCCUUUGGGGACAGCUGGGCCUCUGGCACUGGCACGAAACCUGCUCUCUGAGACUGCGGACCCUUUCUUCGUCCUCAACAGUGACGUGAUCUGCGAUUUCCCUCUCCAAGCCAUGGUGCAGUUCCACCGGCACCAUGGCCAGGAGGGCUCCAUUGUGGUGACCAGAGUGGAGGAACCCUCUAAGUACGGUGUGGUGGUGUGUGAGGCCGACACCGGCCGCAUUCACCAGUUCGUGGAGAAGCCGCAGGUGUUUGUAUCCAACAAGAUCAACGCAGGCAUGUAUAUCCUGAGCCCUGCUGUGCUGCGGCGCAUCCAGCUGCAGCCUACGUCCAUUGAGAAGGAGGUCUUCCCUGUCAUGGCCAAGGAGGGCCAGCUAUAUGCCAUGGAGCUGCAGGGCUUCUGGAUGGACAUCGGGCAGCCCAAGGAUUUCCUCACUGGCAUGUGCCUCUUUCUACAGUCGCUGCGACAGAAGAAGCCUGAGCAACUGUGCUCAGGCCCUGGCAUUGUGGGCAACGUACUAGUGGACCCAAGUGCCCGCAUUGGUCAGAACUGCAGCAUUGGCCCCAACGUGAGCCUAGGACCUGGUGUGGUGGUGGAGGACGGUGUGUGCAUCCGGCGGUGCACAGUGCUGCGAGACGCCCACAUCCGCUCCCACUCCUGGCUGGAGUCCUGCAUUGUAGGCUGGCGCUGCCGUGUGGGCCAGUGGGUGCGCAUGGAGAACGUGACCGUGCUGGGUGAGGACGUCAUAGUUAACGACGAGCUGUACCUCAACGGGGCCAGUGUGCUGCCCCACAAGUCCAUUGGUGAAUCUGUGCCGGAGCCUCGCAUCAUCAUGUGAGGGACUGCCGUGGGGCUGGCUGAGCCCCCAUUUCCCAGUUGGCAAAGGGAGCACCGGCCUGUCACAGCAGAAGGCCCUGGACUUGUUGCCAUUUGUCUGGGGAAGAUUGGAUGAGCCUGAAGUUGGAUAUCUGCCUUCUCCUGUGGACAUUAUCUGGCAGGACCCUUACUGGGCAUACCCCACAAAGUCUACUCCCUCAAGAAGGGCCGGGCCAGGGCUGUAUGGAAUAAUAAUUUAAUGCUCACUGUG